UUAAUAAAACAAAAGAAUCUUUUAUAAUCUGAGUUUGAUUCCUUCCAAAUCACCGCAACAUGUGUUAUUAUUAGUACUCUUUUAAUCAUAAAAUUAACAAAUCUUAAAUCAAAUAAAAACUCUUGUUGUUUUCAAGUACCUCUCUCUUACCCUCUUUUUACUCUCUUUAACCCCAAUUUCUCCUUUCUUCUCCCGUACAAUCCUUCCCCCUUUCUCUCUCCUCUCCCCCAAAAAACAAAAAAAAAAAACAAGCCUUUUGAAUUCAGAUUAUCUUUGCUCCAAAACCCCAUCAAAUUCUUCUCUGAAAUUACAAAGUCCCAUAUUCUUUUUUUCUGAGAAUUCAUCCUGUUUUGAAAUCCCAUCAAAAUUUGAUGUUUUUUCUCAUCUGGGUGUUGGAUUUUAUGGCGGGAAAUCUUGUUUAAGUGUACAAAAAGGUGAAAUUUUGAGGAUUUGUGAAGUGGGUAAUUGUUAAAAAUCGUUAAUUUCGAAUGGCAGCAAGUGCAAAUCCAUCUGGAAAUCACCACCAAGAACAAUCCUCUUUCAAUGGUGGUCCUGCUGCUUCCACCAGCAAUGGCAAUUCGGGUCCGGGUCAUGACAAUUCGGGUACUGCUUCAGCGAUGAAGCAUAAUCCUGGUAUUGCUACAGAUUGGACUGCUGAGGAGCAAACAAUCUUGGAAACUGGGCUCAAUAAACAUGCAUCAGUAUCAAAAAUUAAUCAAUAUGCCAAGAUUGCUAUGGAGUUGCCAAAAAAGACAGUCCGUGAUGUGGCACUACGCGCUAAAUGGAUGGAUAGAAAGGAGAUCAACAAGAGAAGAAAGGAGGAUCAUACAAGGAAGAGCAAAGAUAAAAGGGAAAAGGUCACUGACUCUUCGCCAAAGUCAUCUCAAUUGCAUGCAUCAAGGCCUGCUGGUCAUCCUUAUCCCGUGCCAGCAGUUCCUUUAGAUGAUGAAGAUGGUGUCUCUUACGAAGCAAUUGGUGGUCACACUGGGGAGCUACUUCAGCAAAAUAAACUUUUCUUCCAAAAAAUUUCUGCAAACUUUUCGUCUUAUCAGAUUCAAGAGAACAUUAGUCUGUUUUGCCAAGCACGCGAGAAUCUUCUUAAAAUCCUGAAUAACGUGAAUGACACUCCAGAAGUAAUGAGACAAAUGCCUCAAUUGCCAGUGAAGUUGAAUGAAGAUCUAGCGAAUACGUUCCUCCCUCCGACGAAUCAUCAGAAGCAGUCGUGACUGUGACUGUUUGCUUGCCGGUAUAUGUUAAUGAACUCACUAUAAUAGCAUGUAAAAGCAGUUAGCAAAAUACUACAUCAACUUCCAACUCCCAACGGAGAAAUAGGAAGCAAGCUAGCAAAGCAAGUAGAUGCUCUUUUCUGUUCAUUACAAUUUACAAAUGUGAUUCAUAAAAACUUUAGUUUAUUUUUCUUUACUACUGUUAUUGUCAGUUUACAUAGUUUGUGUAGUAGCCAAUAGUUUAUUGGAUAUUCUUAGGAGUUAGAAAGUAGAAAACUAAUAAAUCAUGUAGGUCAAUUUUAGCCUAUUUUAUAUAUUUUUUUUGGGUAAAUGUCUAUUAUGUAAUGUUAAUAAGUGAUUUCGUUGUCAGUA